GUCACGAUAGUAUCACCUAACCACCCACGAAACAAUGUCCUCUUCAGCAUCUACCUCCAAAGUGCCAGAGGAGACCAAAAAGCCUGAAGAGCAGACGAAAGAGGAGAAUACGCAGCCUCAUCUUGGCAGUCUCGAGGAGGAUGACGAGUUUGAGGAAUUCGCUACUGCAGACUGGGAUGAUUCUCAAACUGAUCUGGUUCACCUAAAUGGCACUGCUCCGGGAGCUGCCAAGUCGGGAGGAGAUAAGCUUUGGGAGGACAACUGGGACGACGACGACAUCGAGGAGGAAUUCAGCGUACAGCUAAGAAAUGAGCUCACAAAAUCGAGCGGGGGAAGUGGCGAGGCAAUGCAGCAUUGAUCGCAUGGUGCCAUUUAAAUCUUCUGGGUUUCUCCAGUACUUUGUGUAACCAAAUACUCUAUGUAUUAUUCACUGUCAAUCAUAGACUUUAGUCCCUGUUCCUCA